GAUGCCUGACAGUCAAGUGCUCUCCAAGGACACGCCACACCCGCUCUCGCUCACCGGCCUCGCCGACCGCGCAUAUAAUUACGCGUCGAACGCGUUCAUAUCCGCAGGAUGGCGCCCUUUGCUGGGCUUGGCUGAAAACGCGGCCGUUGCGAUGAUGCAGAAGAUCGACAAAGGGCAGCUACGCGUCGUCACAAAAGACCGGGUGUACCAGUUUCCAGAUGCACCAGCCAAGUAUGACGAGCGCACGGCUGAGAUACGCGUCUUGAACGACGCGUUUUGGUUGCGUCUAUGCUUGAUGGGCGACCUUGGCUUCUCCGAGGCGUUCAUGUACUCUGAGGUCGAGUGCGACGACCUCGUUUCUUUAUUCCAAAUCUUCCUCGACAACCGCGAGAACCUCGUCAACCUCGACUCGAAGAUAUCCUACCUAUACUCCUUGCCGCAAAAGCUCACCUCGUAUCGCUUCCUCAACACCAUCUCUAACUCUCGCUCCAACAUCUCUGCCCACUACGACAUUUCCAACGCCAUGUUCGCUGGUUUCCUCUCGAAGGAUAUGACCUACUCGUGCGCGAUGUUUACCGACCUCGAUGGCGAUUUGGACGGGUCCGCGAGCCCAGCCACCGGUACCCAUGGCCGUCAGCCAUCUAGCACGUCCUCGGGCUCGAGUACGCCUGCGAAGGUACAGGGAGACCAGGAAGAAUCGAAUGAGCUGUACGAAGCGCAGUUACGAAAGCUCGAUCAUGUCAUCGAGAAGGCGCGCAUCUGGCCUGGCAAUCGUGUACUUGAGAUCGGCUCUGGCUGGGGCUCCAUGGCCAUCCGCAUCGCGAAGACCGUACCCGGCACAACCAUCGACACCAUCACGCUCUCUAGCCAGCAGCUCGUACUCGCGAAGGAGCGCAUCGCCACGGCGGGUCUGUCCCACCGCAUCCGCGUCCACCUCAUGGACUAUCGGGACAUGCCAUUGGAGUGGGAGCACGCCUUCGACAGGGUCGUUAGCAUCGAGAUGCUAGAGGCCGUCGGGCAGGAUUUUAUCCCUACGUACUUCGCCAAGCUCCACUGGGCUUUGAAGCUCAAGGACGCCUGCGGCGUGAUCCAAUGCAUCACAAUCCCCGAAGCCCGCUUCGAACGCUACAUCCGCGAAAUCGACUUUAUCCGCAAAUGGAUCUUCCCCGGCGGCUUCCUCCCCACCCUCACCUUUGUCCUCGCAUCCCUCACCUCGGGCUCUCAGAACCGCCUCACCGUCGACUCCGUGAGCAACAUCGGCCCGCACUACGCGCGCACGCUGAGGGAGUGGCGGAGGAGGUUUUUGGAGAAGUUUGAGAGUGUGGUUGAACCGGCGCUGAGGAAGGAGCAUCCGGAGGUGAUGGGUGGGGAGAGGGGGAAGGUGGAGGUAGAGGUGUUCAGGCGGAAGUGGUUAUACUACUACUGCUACUGCGAAGUCGGGUUCACGACGAGGACGUUGGGAGACCACAUCAUCACGUUCACGAGGGAAGGCUUCCAGUGCUAUGGAUGCGGGACGUUCGCAUAGGUAGUUCGAACUUGAGUUCGAAGAUAUGCUCGGCGAAUGAAAUGAAUGCUCUGCUCCAAACACCAAUCAUACCACCUUGAGCAAGAC